AUGCAAAUUCACGCCCACUCCGUGCUUACGGUAUGGACUACACAUGGGUUCCAAAUUAAGGCGAUUUCACUCAGAGCUUUGUUGUGCCGCUUGUGUAAUCCAAUAGAAAUCUAUAAAAAAAUCAAAAAAAUUGGACUGUUUUCAGUGAUAUCGUUAUCGAUUCGACCCGUGAAAAGUGUGUCGGCAUCGGUGAGAAGUGCCAUUAUGACAAUGGUGGCGAUCGUUGCUAGCUAUCUAAUAUCGAACACACUACACUUGAUUCUAACCGUGAUGGAAAGAUCUGACCAUCCGAUACUUCACGACACGGAAGAUCCACUACAAGCGUCAACGUUCCACACGUUCUUCUCUGACAUGGUCUCAUUCGUCUACAUGUUUACGUCGGCAAUACGUCUUCUCAUAUACUUCUUCUGUAAUCCAGCUAUUCGAGGGGAUAUUUUGAACUUUUUCGGUUCCCCAACACCUGUGCUCUUGUAA